CCCUUGCGCCGCCCCUCGUAGGGCAGCGCUUCCGCUUCCCGCCGGUGCGGCAGCCAAGGGGCUCCGCUUCCCUUCCCCUUCCCCUCAGCCGCGGCGGGAGGGCGGCCAUGGCCAGUUACACCAAGGCGGCCCAGCAAUGGGCUACUUUUGCCAGAGCCUGGUAUCUCCUUGAUGCGAAGAUGCAGCCGCCAGGAAAAAUAGCAGCUGCAACUGUAAUCAGACUUGAAGGCAAACAUAAACCUAUUUAUCAUGCACUAAGUGACUGCGGAGAUCAUGUUGUCAUAAUUAAUACAAGACAUAUUGCCUUCUCUGGUAACAAAUGGGAACAGAAAGUAUAUUCUUCACAUACUGGCUAUCCUGGUGGUUUCAAACAAGUGACAGCAACUCAGCUCCAUUUAAAGGAUCCAACUGCUAUUGUUAAACUGACUGUUUAUAGAAUGCUUCCAAAAAACCUUCAGAGAAGAACUAUGAUGCAGAGGCUGCAUCUGUUCCCAGAAGAUGUUAUUCCAGACGAUAUACAGAAGAAUCUUCUACAAGAGAUUCCUCAGCCACGUGCAGUCCCCAAGAGGUUAGAUGAAUAUACACCAGAAGAAAUUGCUGCCUUUCCGAAGGUUUGGACUCCACCUAAAGAUUUUCGAAGGAAGUAAUAACAAUAAAAGAAGAAGAAGUGCCAUCAGGAAUGUCUCUCCUCCUUGAAAAAAAAUUCUAACAUGGAAGCAUCUGUGCAUUUCAGUCAACCCUUCUAUACAGAAUGUUUUUGACGAGUGUUAGCAAAAUUUAUUUGGAAAGAUUAUAAAAAUUACUGUAUUUGAAACAGCUAAGAAUAGAUAUUAUAUUGUUAAUACCACCUGUACUCUGUGUUGUAUGAUCUGGUAUUUGUUAAUUACAUUUGUUUUAAUACUAUCAUUAAAGAAUUGAUACAUUUUUAAUGAUUAUUUACAUCUCAUGGAAACAGUACAUUGUUUACUGAAAUGAAGUAUCUCACUCUGAAAGUUGCAGCACUUGAAUUCCGUGCCGUAAGAGCAGCGAAUGAUUAUGGUGACAGAGCUCCCACGAAUGGCACGCUGUCAGUAAAUGACUGGUGAAACAGGUAAUCCAUCCUUACACAGCUUGAUGAAUGAGGGGAUGCCAGCCUUAGUUCAGAAAAAGGGAAUUGUUCGUGUAGAAUUCAUUCUUUCUUUGAGGGAUGGAAAAAAGCCAGUGGCUUGAGCUGUUUAUUACUUCUGUAAUAGAUUGUGGGGUUCUUCUGAAAGCCUUUUCUAGAACGUGGAGUGUAUAUACCAUAAAAAAUGAAUGGGGAGGUUUUGCUGAAUGCAUGUCUAUGCAGGCCUGCAGUUCCCUUACCUUUUUAGGUGAAUAUACCCACUGAAGUUACUGUGGUGGUGGUAAGCAAAAUGAAACUUAUUCCAGAGCCAAAUGACAUUAGAAAAACACAACUCUUCAGAGAAAGCAGUGCAGGUACCAAAUACAUGUGCAUGCAUACUGUAGUCCUGUUAGAAGAAAAAUAUUAUUAGAAGAUGCAUCUUGGAGGAAUGAGGAGGUGGUGAGAUUUUUAUUGGUCAUUUUUUAUGUCCUGUGGGAGUUUAUCUCGCAGUCUUCAGCUACCUUCCAGAAAGAGUUUUUCUGCACAACAUGCUUUGCCUAUAGUUUAACCUGUUCCUUAUGACCAAAGAAGUACUUGGUCACUGACCACAAUUUUUCUUCCUGAAGCUUUGGCUGUCUUUUGAUAUGGAAUGCCACGUUGUGUGCGUGGAACACUGAAAAUGAAGCCAAGGUUUAUGCUUACAGAGGGCCCGUUUGCUACAGGGAGGAAGAUCACCGCAUUUUACAGCAUCUGGAGUUUCUUGGAUGCUGGAAGAGUAACGUUUCGGUUCCAGCAGAACUUGCUGCUGGAAUACUGCAGAGCAGCAGGGACAGCAUGAAUUUCGGAGGUGAUACUGUCUGUUAGGUUGCAUCCAAACAGCAAACCGUGUUGGCGGGAAAGGUGUACCUCCAGGAGCUGCGUAAUGAAUGUAGGCAAGUAAUGAACAGAAUGAGGACUACUUUUUUUUAAUAAUGUUUAGUCUGCUCUGCACUUAAAUUUCUAGUGUGCUGAAUGACAACAUCAAGGUUGACUCUUCUCUACAUGCUAGCUGCUGAAUGGUAUUAAAUAUAUUCCUAAUACUAUUUCAUUCUCGAUAUGGAGAUGUUACAUGAUUGUCAACAGGAGAGUUGAUAUCCAUAGCGUUCUGUCUGCCUAAGAAAGUAGACGAGCAGAACACCGCUCCAUCUAGGCACAGCUUUUGAAGAUGGCACAUUUUGGACUCGCAGUGCUCUUGACCAACUAAAACACCUGUUUGGGGCUGUGCAGUGUAUUUUCUUAAGUGGCUCUUCCUCUAUAGGAGUAGGUCUGCUGGCAACCCAACACAGUACAGAUUUUGUUAAAGAGCUUACUGAAAUAACAGACAGUAAAGGCAGAUCAUAGGGAGAGACUCUUCCUUUUUUCCCCUUCCUAAGCCAAAAUCUGAUUUUGAUUCAAGUCACAGGAACACGCCUUCCUUACUUAAAGAAUGUAUUAAAGAAUGAAGCAGGAACAUUUUUAUUAUGAAAACCAAAUGAGGAAACUGAACUUAAGUGUUGAAUGAUGCAAAAUAAGUCUUAAAAAUUAUUUUGCUUCUGCAAUUUACUUCCCUGAAGUUCAUUAUUGCUUUUCUGCACAGAACACCCUCAAGCCAAAGCUGUUGUGUAAGUAAAUGAAGCACCUGUUGUUUUCUGUAUAGUAGAAGAUGCCAAUAUGUUAUCUAUCUGCCAAAUUUUACAAUGUUUGGUGAGGAAAAUUUGUGUUUUCUAUAUCUGUUAUACAAGUAUUAUAUAGGAAGAAAAACAUUGUUUUAUUUAUAAUCAUAUUUCAUUAUAUGAAAUAAUGGUUUGGUAUCGGACACUUCUUUGGCAUUCGGAUGGGCUUAUCCCAGGAAAUGUUCCCAUCCUGUGAAUGUGCAGACUUCAUUUCCAAGUCAGUAACCACAUUUAGUUAACUAGUAAAGGUAUUUUUAAAAGCAAUAGGUUAAAGUAAAUGUUCUUUUUUGUGGAAGGACAAGGUACAUACAUACACUUCACUGGUAAGAUCUGGGUGGCACGAGCAGUUCAUCAUGUGCUAAAUACUUCACUGUCAGCAACUUAAGUUUCUUAGGCAGUCUGGAAAAAUAGGAGAUGCUCCUGAUUAUUCAGAGACUGAAUUUUGGAGAAAAUGUUGACCAUAUGCAUCUGUGUCUUACUUUUUUUGGUGAACAUACAAAUCCUGAAUAACAUUUUUAUAAAUUGGUAGUGCUCACCAGUUACUUUUUAUUACCAAGGUAUGCCCAGCAAGCGAACAUACGACCAAUGAUACAUGAAGCAUUCUGGUUAGCGGAGCGCCAGUAAAUGUCAUUAUGAAGUUAAAGCAAAUUAACUACUGCAAUUACAGUUUGUGCUUUAGUAUAUAAAAUUAAGUUAUAAAAUUGUAAUGAGUAUGCCUACUUUAUUACCCCCAGGUAAUCUCUUCAUUUGUUUGGUUCACUGCACGUACAUCCCGUAGGCGCGAGGGGGGAGAUGGUUGCGUUGGCAGCCGGUCAGGUGCGUGUCCCUCGGGCCGGGGACCCCACGGGCUGGGGGCAGCCGGGUUCCCGUGGGCAGAAGGGUGCAGUGCUGCUUCCAGCUGCUGCCCCAGCCCAGGUUACUGGGGUGACUGGUGCAGGAGCUGUUGGAGGGGCACAAUGUAGGUGACACCGACUGCGCGACACAGGCACGCUCGGGGGUUUGGCCAGGCUGUUACCAUCCAUUUCAAAUAUGGCGCAAAUAACACCAAUUGCCUUUAUUUUUAAGAGUUUGACUCUGUGCUGUCUUCCCUACAUGCCUGGUUUUGCCUUACCACUCUUCCUCAUCCCACAGGAACUUGAGAUUUGAUAUAGCGUUGCUUGAUGACCAGUCUGGGGUGCAAAUUAAUUAUGAACUGUAACAUAAGGGUCAAAGUCUUUCUGAGACAACACAGGCGGAUUGCUUGAAUGCCGAUUUUCCAUCAGUGACCUUCUCAGAGUCACUUCCACGGGACCUACAAGUCAGCACGUCACAGCCGGGGGGGAUGGGACUCUAGAAGGUGUCAGUACAAUACAACACGUAGGUGGGAGAGUGCCAGCUGGGGCGGGGGGCAGAGAGUUGGGUGUUCACAGCCAAGUGCAACCAGGGAAAUUAAUCGUGAUGCAGGCAUAACCUGUGCUUAAUUUUAGUAAUAUCUCUCUGAAUGUCAGCUGUGUGUGCGAGGCUGUGCCACCUACACAUGUGCACACGCAGCCGUGCUCAUUCGGUGCCUCAGUAUUCUGUAAACUGGAGUUAAGCUGCUUAACAAUAAAGUCCCUAAGUUAUGUUAGACUUUUCUACCUUCUACUUUAAAUGCAAGUCUAGGUAAGGAAAUGACUAUUCAACUCACAUUUGUAUCAACUUUUCUCACUUUUCUCCAAUAAAGUGGUGGGAGCUAGGGGUGAGAGAAAUAAUGGGAAAACAGGAACACAGCAUAGGAAGAUAUGCAGCCACAGAGCCAGAACUUGCCCUGCGAUAGUGGGUGUCAGUCACAUGUACAAAUGGUUUAUGUUAUUAAUGAGGUUGAAUUCUAGGGCAGAUAGAUAAUUUGGGGUUAGACAGCAAAGGUACCUGUUUGUAUUCUUCCUGGUGAGCUAAGAGAGCAGCUGGCAGUGGCCAGAAGCAAAAGCUAAUGGGUCUUUCCUUACGGAGCACGGACGGACCAAACCCAGUCAGGGGCAAGCAGGAGCACAGCCCUGGGAUCCACAGGCCGUCCUCUCUCCGUGUCUUUAUAGGGCUGGACUAAAAGUGUUCCAAACCUAUGACUUAAAAAUGUUCAUACAUUGGAGCUUCUACUUUAAAUCCUUCUUUGAUGCUUGUUCUCCACAGUGCUGUUCAAAACUGUUUACUGAGUCACUUUUUAUAAUUUACCUGGUUUGUUCUGACAUCAUUAAUUGCAUUGUGCCCCUCAAGCGGUUGGGUUGGGGUUUUCCUUCCUUUUGUCAUCAGCUGAUUCAAGUUGCCUUUGCGACUAUACCUGCCGGGCUUUUGACUUUGGCAUGUCAAUAUAUGCCCGUAGAUGGUAUGACCACCUCAUCUCAUAGUUAUUCUCUCCACUUGUUUAUAUAUAAGUUUAAAAGUAAGGCUAAAUAUUGUUUAUACUAACUGCCUAUGUCCUUUAAAAUAAAACUGUUGCUGAGAAGUGUUGAAAAAGGAAAACAUAUUUUCUUCUCUUUACAUUCUGUCCCCCAAAGAUUGAUACAAUUGUUCCAAGUUAAAAAAUCAAUCAAAUACAGAAUUAACGUAUAAAAGCUUGCCACUUUUAUUUGCAUAUGAAACAGAAAUGAAAGAGGUUCACAAUAAAUUAUCAGUGUGCUCCCACGGAA